AAAACAUCAUCAACUGACAACUGCAUUACGCCAUGGCAGCGUCAGUAUAUGACAUAGUACAGCCGCCUAAGGACACAAAGAAAACCCUGACCGUAGCUCUGUCAGCACGAGCGCUGUUUGAUUUGGAGAAAGAAGACAGAGUGUUCCAGGAGCGUGGACUGGAGGCGUACAUACAGUACAUGGUGGAGAGGGAAGACGACAUCCUGCCGAAGGGACCGGCAUUUGAGUUUGUCAAGUCCGCUUUAGCGGUCAAUGACCAUAUCCGAGACCUGGACCCGAAGGACAUAGAGCUGUUUGACAUCGUGAUUGUGAGCCGUAACCACGCCCAGGCUGCCAUCAGGCUUAUCAACUCCAUCAACCACUAUGGUGAGGGAACUGACCCUACAGAGUACCUGGGUGCCUGGAAGGUGGACCUGUUCCUGUCACCAGAGGAAGACGAUGUCAGGAGGGCCAUACAAGCAGGCUACCCCGCAGCGGUGGUUUACAAGUACGACACCGCAGCCCUCCCACCACACAAUGAACUCAGAAUCGUGUUUGACGGGGACGCGGUGCUGUUCUCAGACGAGGCAGAGCAGGUGUACCAGGCGGGAGGGUUCCCGCUCUUCUUCGAAAACGAGUCUCAAAAGGUUUCUACGCCACUGGAUGAGGGCCCCAUGACAAAGUUUGCCAUGAGGAUUUCAGCACUGCAGCAGAAGUUUCACCAGAAGAGAGUACCGUGCCCCAUCCGCACCUACCUCCUAACCGCCAGGUCAGGCGCCAGCACAGGAAAACGUGCAAUCCUCACUCUCCGCCACUGGUGUCUACAGAUCGACGAGUGUAACUUCAGCGCGGGAGCGGGAAAGGCCGCCAUGUUGAGGGCCAUACGGCCACAUCUGUACUUUGACGACUCGCAGAAAAACAUUGAUGCCGCUCUGCAAGAGAACGUAUGUGCAGCGAGGGUUCUGUACGGUGUACAAGACAAGGGGGCAACACAGAAAGAACAUCACAAUAAAAACUUGAGUGAGAGCAAUGGAGAAAAAUGAAAUGUUAACAUCCUGGUAUAGUUACAAGUAAGAAAGACUCACAGAAGAACAUUGACGCAGCUCUGAAAGAGAAAGUCUGUGCAGCAAGGGUUCUGUACGGUGUACAAGACAAGGGGCAACACAGAAGGAACAUCGCAAUAAAAACUUGAGUGAGAGCAAUGGAGAAAAAUGAAAUGUUAACAUCCUGGUAUAGCUACAAGUGAAAAAACUCAUGGAAGAACAUUGAUGCAGCUCUGCAAGAGAAUAUCUGUGCAGCAAGGUUACUGUAUGGUGUACAAGACAAGGGGGCAACACAGAAAGAACAUCGCAAUAAAAAUUUGAGUGAGAGUAAUGGAGAGAAAUAAAAUAUAACAGUCUGGUAUGUUUACAAGUAAAAAAAGACUCGCAGAAGAACAUUGAUGCAGCUCUGCAAGAGAACAUCUGUGCAGCGAGGGUUCUGUAUGGUGUACAAGACAAGGGGGCAACACAGAAAGAACAUCACAAUAAAAACUUGAGUGAGAGCAAUGGAGAGAAAUG